AUGUCCGCCGUCGUGUCCUGCGUGAUCCCGACCGGCAUCCUCGCGCGCGACAAGUUCCUCAGCCCGCACUUUACCGGCCUGCACCUCGUCCUCAAACACCUGAUCCGGACCAAGCGCCGCGACCCGAACAGGUUCGUCGUCAGGGACAGGUCGGCGCUCAUCCGGUGGCGAGAAGCCGUCGAGGAUCAUCUCACGUCUGCAUGGGUCGCCGCGCCGGCGGAGCAUCGCGAGCUGUUCGCCAAAGCCAUGGUCUGGUGGGACCGUCGCCUGCAGCACGGAGACCUCCUGAUCGCCCAGAUGCCGCCGACAUCGGUCCUCAAAGGGUGGCUCGGCGGCGACACGAGGAUGGAGCGGUACUGGGACGAGGACACCAAGACGUGGAGGACGCACCUGCCCCACGACCUGGCACGAGCGUCUGCCGCUGCGCACUCGCUCUCGAAGGCGCCGAGGGCGCAGCUCGGCCUGAGGGCGGCGCAGAUUUACGGGCUCGACGGGCAGGACUGGGAGGAGAGAAACGCGGCGAGGCGGUUCUAG